GAGUCUUUUAUGUCUUCUCAAUUGAUCAUUUUCCUCCCAACCGAUGCCCGUACAUAUGAAACAAGAGAGACCCAGCAGGGAUUGAGCCAAUCUCAUUCUUCCUUCGCCCUUCCUUAACAAUCCUCCACCUUCCUGUUUUCCAUAAUUUAUUCCUGAAAUCUUCAUCUCUGGUUCCGCCAUGGGUGCGAGUCGGAAGCUCCAAGGGGAAAUUGACCGAGUUCUUAAGAAGGUACAAGAAGGGGUUGACGUCUUUGACAGCAUUUGGAACAAGGUUUAUGAUACCGACAAUUCCAACCAGAAGGAGAAAUUUGAGGCGGACUUGAAGAAGGAAAUAAAGAAGCUUCAGAGGUACAGGGACCAAAUCAAGACCUGGAUUCAGUCCAGUGAGAUUAAGGAUAAGAAGGUCAGUGCCUCUUAUGAGCAGGCUUUGUUGGAUGCUCGUAAACUUAUUGAGCGUGAAAUGGAAAGAUUUAAGAUUUGUGAAAAGGAGACAAAAACUAAAGCCUUCUCGAAAGAAGGUUUGGGUCAGCAACCUAAAACUGAUCCAAAGGAGAAGGCUAAAUCAGAGACACGGGAUUGGUUGAACAAUGUGGUUAGUGAGUUGGAAUCUCAGAUAGAUAACUUUGAAGCUGAGGUCGAGGGUCUGUCUGUGAAGAAGGGGAAACAAAGGCCACCUAGGUUGGUUCAUCUUGAAACAUCCAUUACCCGGCACAAGGCUCAUAUAAUGAAGCUGGAACUAAUCUUGAGACUGCUUGAUAACGAUGAAUUGAGUCCUGAGCAAGUCAAUGAUGUCAAGGACUUCUUAGAAGAUUAUGUGGAAAGGAAUCAGGAGGAUUUUGAUGAAUUCAGUGAUGUGGAUGAGCUUUACAGCUCAUUGCCACUUGAUAAGGUGGAAUCCCUUGAAGAUCUGGUUGCAAUUUGCCCUCCCAGCCUUUGGCAGGGUACACCAGCUCUCAACUUGAAGACUAGUGUGGCAACGUUGGCAACUCAAGUGCCUGUUACUGGUGCUCCUAAUCUUCAACAAAAUACUGUCAUUCCAGAUCAGGUUGAUGAUUCAACUUUGCCAGAUGGUAACACAGACACUCUUUUGAAGAACCCACCUCCUAAGAAUAGUGUCCUUGGUUCUUCUGCGGCUACAUCACCCACCGGGAACCAUGCUACCUCAGCAUCCUUGAAUGGUGCAGGGCAUGGGUCUGCCUUGUCCGCUACAUCAGCCAUUCUUACAGGUUCAAGUGCUGUUCGUGCUGUAUUGGAGACUACGGGUGCUUCUAAUUCAUCUCCUGUAAAUAUGCCCACUUCUGCAAAGGAUGAAGAAAUUGCUAGCUUCCCAGGCCGUAAACUAUCUCCAUCAUUUUCGGAUUCUGGACUUGUAAGGGGUGGCAUGGGAAGAGCUGUCAUUACUAAUCAGCCACCCUCCACUUCCUCCCAUACUUCUGGUAUUGUGGUUCCUAGCACUAUAAUUCUUGGUAGCGUUCCUUCUACAUCUGAAGUGACAAUGAGAAACAUUAUGGGAGCUGAAGAACGGGCUGGUAACAGUGGCAUGGUUCAGUCCAUGGUUUCCCCUUUAAGUAAUAGAAUCGUUUUGCCUACAGCAGCUAAAGUUAGUGAUGGAACAACUACAGUUGAUCCUAGCAAUGUUAGUGAUGCAGCGGCUAUAGGUGGUCGGGUUUUCUCUCCAUCUGUGGUUCCUAGCAUGCAGUGGAGGCCAGGAAGUUCUUUUCAAAAUCCGAAUGAAGGAGGGCAGUUUCGUGGAAGAGCUGAAAUAGCACCAGAUCAGAGGGAGAAGUUCUUGCAGCGCCUCCAACAAGUUCAGCAACAGGGCCAUAGUACACUUCUUGGCAUGACUCUUGGUGGAGGAAAUCACAAGCAAUUUUCUUCACAACAGCAAAGUUCACUUCUUCAGCAGUUCAACUCCCAAAAUUCAUCUGUUACUUCUCAAGCUGGUCUGGGAAUAGGAGUUCAAGCACCUGGAGUAAAUGCUGUUACCUCUGGCUCAUUACAGCAGCAGCCAACUUCCUUCCAGCAGUCUAAUCAGCAAGCAUUAAUGACAACUGGGGCAAAAGAUUCUGAUGUUGCCCAUUCAAAAGUUGAGGAGGAGCAGCAGCAGCAACAGCAGCAACAAAGUUUACCCGAGGAUACUACUGAUUCUGCUUCUGCUUCUGCUUCUGCUUCUGCUUCUGUCCUUGGAAAGAAUCUGAUGAACGAUGAUGACUUAAAAGGAUCAUAUGCGGUAGAUACUCCAGCUGGUGUACCUGCUUCAUUGACCGAGACUGCUUCAGUGUCAAGAGAAGAUGACCUUUCUCCUGGUCAACCUUUGCAGCCUGGCCAACCUUCUGGAAGUCUUGGUGUCAUUGGCCGAAGAAGUGUUUCUGACUUGGGUGCCAUUGGUGAUAGCCUUGGUGGAUCCUCGAUGGCUACUGGAGGAAUGCAUGAUCAAUUCUACAAUUUGCAAAUGCUUGAAGCUGCAUACUAUAAGCUACCUCAGCCGAAAGACUCAGAGCGUCCAAGGAGUUAUACUCCAAGACACCCUGCAAUUACUCCUCCGAGCUAUCCUCAAGUACAGGCACCUAUUAUAAACAAUCCUGCUUUUUGGGAUCGAUUAGGUCUCGAGACCUAUGGCACUGACACAUUGUUCUUUGCAUUUUACUAUCAACCGAACACCUAUCAACAAUAUUUGGCUGCUAGAGAAUUAAAGAAACAAUCUUGGAGAUAUCACAGAAAAUACCAGACAUGGUUCCAAAGACAUGAAGAGCCAAAAGUUGCUACAGAUGAAUAUGAGCAGGGAACUUAUGUGUACUUCGAUUUUCAUGUUAAUAAUGAUGACCUACAACAUGGAUGGUGCCAAAGGAUUAAAACCGAGUUCACUUUUGAGUAUAACUACCUCGAAGAUGAACUCAAUAUAUAGAGGAUGUAGACUUUGAUCAAGUGAUCCUAUGCUUUCCCAGGUUCAUCAUCAGGCAAAGUUGCAGUCAGUUAAAGGUUGAUUUAGCCUUUUUGUUUCCGUUUCUCUUUUAAAUUGUAAAUGAGACAUGGAUAUCAGUUAUAAAGAUAUUAUAUUAACACAUGCCUUACCUUGUAUUACGCCUUUUUCUGGUGUUCAUCAGAUCAGAUCAGAUCAGACCUUUACUAAGCUAUUUUAUUCUAUAAUUGGGAGCGAGAAAUUAGGUUUGUUUAGCUACAAUCCCAGGAGAAAAUGAAUUACAUCUCAAUCUUAGCUUUUUUGGUCUUGACAACUUAUGUGAGUCGUAUUUAAUGAAUUUGUUUCUCAAGGUCCAUGCUUGCUUCGAGUUUUAAGAAGCAUGGGCUUAGCACGUGAAUACAUACAUGGGCCUAACCCUUUUUCA